AUGAGCGCUCCGGAUGUUGAUGAGGGAUGUCUUCCCCUGUGGGCCCGUACACUGGUGAUCAGAGAAAGGAUGGCAGCCUGGGAGAAUGCAGGUGGAGAAGGGGUGGAGGUGGAAACAAAGGAAUGGUUGAAGGACCAUCUAGAUGAUCUGGAUAGCAAAGAGUUUAAGCGCUUCCAAUGGUAUCUUCAGACUGCAGAUGAGUCUGACUUCCAACCAAUCAAAAGGAGCCGUCUGGAACAUGCAGGCAUAUUGGACACAGUAGAGCUGAUGUUUCAGAUGUACACCACAAACACCAAGCAGGUGGCAGACAAGAUUUUCCAGAAGAUCAUUCCAUACCAAGGACAUGAAUUUAAACUUUGGCUUCUGGACAAAUUGGAAGACCUGAAUAAGAAGGAGCUGGAAUUAUUCCAGCAUCACCUUCACAAUGCAGAUGAAUCAAAGGAUGGCUUUGGACCCAUCAAAAGAUUCAAGCUGGAUGGUGCAGACAUACUGGAGACAGUAGAUGUUAUGACUAAGACAUACCACCCAAAGACCAGGGAUGUCACAAAGAAGAUCCUGAAGAAGAUUGAAAGCAAUAAAGACAAAGUUAUACCUGAAACUGAGGACCAGAUGAAUUCAUCUUCUCCAAGUGAAGAGAACGAGCUCAACACAAUUGUUGAGGAAUUUGUGAGGAAGGUACCAAAAGAAACCUUGACACAAUUUACAGAUGAUCUCAUUAGUGAAAACAUUUUGAAUCCAUCGGAGAAGGAGGAAAUCUUUCGAAACCACACCAGACUAAACAUGGCCACCUGCUUAGUUGACAUAAUGAAGGACAAAGGAAACUCCAAAGAGCUGAUCAGUCAUAUUCAAACCAAUUAUCCACAACUAUUGUCUGAGGAGCAGUCACCUUCUGACCCAGGUCAAGAGUCUAGUGAGCGUCGCUUCUCUGGAAACACGUAA